CCCAAGAUGGCGGGCGGCGGCGGAGAUCCGUUGCUUUUAGCGGGCAUCGUGCCGCCGACGGAUCCGCUGGAUGCGGUGCUGGGGCCUCGCCCCAGCCGCCCCAGCCCGGGCCCUGGCGGCGGCCCGAGCGCCGCCAGCGGCAGCGCAGGCAGCAGCGUCGCUGCGCAGACCCAGCCCAGCAGCGUCGCUCCGCAGAAGCAGCCGAGACGGCCUCUGGUUUGCUUGGAGGCGGCCAUUCAGACUGUUUGCGCCUGGCGAGUGCCAUCCAAGAUGUCUGCAGCCCAGGCUUCCCGGCUGCUUGAGAACGCAGUGCCCGCUCUGAUGGGCAUGGUCCACACGCCCAGCAGCCCGCAGGAUGAACUCCGCAACCAGAUCAGCAGGCUCCUGACAGCAAGGUACAUCAACACAUCGAAAGUGCAUGUGAGCGCGGCGCUGAUAGCGAUGCAGAGCCGAGUUUGGGACAGCAUCAAAAAUUGCAACAUCGCAGCUGACUUGCUGCCGGCGCAAUUCGCAGGCCAUUGGGGAGCAUCCCCCAUCCUCCCCCUUGCGCCUUAAGCCUUGGGCUUUGGGGUGUCCCCCUUCCCCUUUCCACGCUUCCCCACUGGCUGCCCCCCUUUUCCAGGAGAGGGGAGCAGCCCCAGGAGAGGGGAGCAGCCAAAGGGAGCCUGCGGGGAAGGGCGGCCGGUGGUCCCAGCACUGGUCUUGCAUCUUGCACAAGAAACUUUCGACCCCCACCCCCGCAGAACAGCCUUUGGAGGGGAGGAGGAGGAGGGGGAGGAGGAGGAAGAGGAGGAGGAGGAGGAGGAGGAGGGGGAGGGGGAGUUCGGUAGGGGCGGGGGUCGAAAUUUUUCUGUUCUAGCUCCAAGCCUGGGUAGCCACGCCGAGGGCCCAAGGAGCCAGGGCCAGUCCCGCGGCCUAGGGGCCUAGGGCCGAUGGCCUCCAUAGAUCCUUUGGCGAUAAUUCUCGGGUUGCCAAGACAGGCCUCGGGCCCUGGCCAUGCUGCGGACGAGACGUCCGGUGGCGAUGGCAGCGGCGCAGGCUCGGCGGCUGGCGGCGGCGGCCCGGGCCCUGCCGCCCACCUGCCAGCGCUUGUCCCGCCAGCGCAGCCGCCCUCCACGCGCAUGGGCGGCGGCCAGGCCCAGGCGGCACCUGCACUGCAGCGACCGGUUCAGGGACUUGCAGUCGCGCCUGCGCCAGGCGCUGAAGGGCAGCGCGGGCGCCCCUGCCGCGAGCGCCCCGGUCGCGAAGCGGCCGCGGCGCCACUGACCAUCGAUCGCGGCCCCGCCGCGGUCGAAAUGAAAGAAGGGUUGGAAGGGAAAGGAGGAGUACGAGAAGCCUUGAGCCCGAAAGACUCGGGCCUGGGGCCAUACUGACAAUACGCCGCCAUAGUCACGAAUUGACUUUCUUUGGCGAUUUUUGGACGGCGCACGUGGUGAGACAGAGGUCAAAAAGAAUCGAUCCCAAAAGCGACGCGUCCGUGACCGUAAAGUACACAGAUUGCGGUCGCACCUAGCCGCACAUAUUCAUAAAAAAACAAAGACUGGACAUGUAGAAAUUAGUGGGCCGCAGCUUCAGCUCGGCGCGCAACUCAAUCCACAAACACAAAGAAAUCAUUUAAAAAGCGCUUCUUUGCAAUAAACAACUGGUAUGGCCCGAAAGGUGCGACACCGAACCGUCAAAUUUCCAAACAGAUGGUGGGCAUCGCCAGUGCGUGUCGCGACAAUCAGAAACGUGUUUGGCAAUUUCCCAGUGGCGGAUAUCAAUUCACACACGCAGUGUGCGCAUCACCAUCACGCUUCGCGUAUUGUGCGACCGCCUUUGGUACCCAGCUUUCCCAUGACCAUCGCGGCAGACAGAACUCCUCCGCCACCGCCUCACUGCCCGAACCUGUCACAAAACAACGGCGCAAUGUGGAAAUCGACGGUUGCCAGGCCACCCGGCACGACCACUCAGAAUUACUCCGACGUAGACAGUCUUGAAACCUCACUUCCGAGGCCUCGGGAUACAAAUUAUGUCAUAACUUGAUGCGGGCACUUUCUGCACCCGCAUUGCUUAGGCUUCUGAAGCCUGCUCAUCAGCUGCAAGAGCUGCGAGGGACGGUGAAGGCCCCGAGAUCCUCGACGUUUUCGAAAACCCACCGCCAGGCUGAAAGCUCAACGCCCGCAUGCACGAGCGCCUGGGGAUGGCACCGACCUCAACGAAGAUCUGGAGGUACCACGCAUUAGAAUUGUUGUACAAGUAUUGUCGCAACCGGUUUACCACUAUUUGCCUGCCACAAAUGGCAGAAUGUGUGAUGGAAGAGACGGCAUUCCUCACAAUUUUAUAACCGCUACCACCAAGCCGUUAGCAUGAUCAUGAAGGAAUAGAUGCACAUGGGCGAUGUCUGCUGAAUGUACUGCGAAAUGUAAAUGGUUUCGCAAACAAGCAGAUGUGCGAAUGCCUCACUGCUGGAAC